AUGGAUUUAAACAGUACACUCUCACAGAAACUACUAGAGUUCCAUCGGGCGAUUUCAAACGAGUAUCAUUCUCUUCUGGAAUAUUUCAAUUUAUACAUAUACGGCUAUGGAUAUAAGAUAGAUUUAGUAAAAGAACUGUUUCCAGAUAUUUUUAUAAUUGACUUUCAAGAAGGUGAGAGCGUAGUAACUACAAGGAAUCUAUAUGAAUAUUAUGAACUAGAGCCAGUAGAAACUGAAUUAAAACAAGCAUUGCGCCAUAUAAAUGCACUUCUUACAAGAGAAAAGGCCAAACCAAUUGCGAUUAUGAAUCUGCGAAAGGACGUACUUGAUAGAACAGAAAACUUAAAGAUGAUUGUUAUCCAGCACAGAGAGCUGUAUCUUUCCUUUGAUGAGCUUUUGCAGUAUAAUUUUGUGAUGAGAGACUUUACAACCUUCAUAGCAGAAGAAAAGAAACGGCCGGGUAUUUCCACACGAAUUGAUGAAACAUUAAAUGUGUACGACUGUGUGGGCGUGCUCAGUAAAAAGAUAUUUAAAUUGGCUCUAAAAGCGGCUGCUACCAGGAUAGAGUUUUCUCUUCGAGAUAUUUUCAACAAAGAGAAGAAAAAGCUGCUGAUUGUUAAUUAUAGCGCGUUUAGAGAGGCUCUUUCUGCAUUUAUAGACUCUAACAUUCUUGUAGAGAAAAAUGGGGUAGCCAAGCUGACCCUAACAAAGAAAGAGCUUUCUGAGAUAAUUGGUAUUUUAGAUGGAGACAGUAAAUAACCCGAAAAAGCCAAACUGAAAAUAUAAAUUUAACUAAUAACAGAA